AUGGAUUAUACAGUGAAUAGUAUGAUGAAUGGUUUAGCACCGGGCUAUAAUGGCACACAUUUAGCAGGCCCAGUACAUGGCGAUGUUUGCUCCUCUACUGCACAUAUAACCGCCACGCAUCAGCUUCCUCUUGCGCAUGUGCAGGCAGCCACAACUGAUAUUAUUGAUAUACGUUAG